AUGGUUUUACUAAAUUCAAAUACUUCACUAUAUAUUGUUGAUCCCGAAAUUAGAGGAUUAAUUAAAGAAGAGAUUGAACGUCAAGUGAAUGGUUUAUCUUUAGUAGCAGCUGGAUCAUUAAGUACAUAUAAAUUAGAAUAUAUAAAAGGAUCCAAGUUUGAAAAAUUAUAUAAUAGUAAGGAUAAUAAAAUUAAAGAUAUAUUAGAAGAUAAUACUUCAAUAAAAUUGUAUGAGGAUCUUCAUGUUUCCAUAGAUUAUUACAAUUUGAAUACUAGAUUUAAUUCUUUAACAUAUAAAAACUUAAAUAAAGUGAAUUUACAAAGUAUCAAAAUAACUCUUAUAGAUUCUGAAAUAUUCACUUUAUCAAAAAAUAGUUCUUAUAUUUCUUCUCAACAUCAAAAGAUUCAAUAA